UUUACUUUUUUUUUGUUGUGGUCAUUUUUCAACAACAUCAUUGAUUUGAACAUUUUUAAGAACAACAGAAAUUAAGACGAGAAAGUACUAAAAACUCUAAAACAAUGAGCCGUAACGUUGUCGUAAACGCUGUCGGAAAACCAACGGCUUCAAUAAUCUUUUUACAUGGUCUUGGAGAUACUGGCCAUGGCUGGUCAUCGACGAUCAAAGCAAUUAAACCAUCGUAUGCCAAUCUGAUUUGUCCGACAGCUGAUAUUAUGCCGGUCACACUUAAUGGUGGUUUUCCAAUGCCCUCAUGGUUUGACUUAUAUUCAUUGGAUACCAAUGGCCGUGUUGAUGAACCCGGAAUUGAACGUGCAAAAGCUUUAGUCGAAGGAUUAAUUAAUGCAGAAGAAAAGGCUGGCAUUCCAUCGAAUAGAAUACUUCUUGGUGGAUUUUCACAAGGCGGUGCAUUGGCACUUUAUUCCGGUCUGACCUAUCCGAAACCGUUGGCCGGAAUAAUUGCACUCAGCUGUUGGAUUCCUUUGCAUGAUAAGUUGAACAUUAGCGAAUGUAAUAAGAAAACACCAACAAUUCAGUGCCAUGGCGAUGCGGAUCCAAUUGUCGCUUUGAAAUGGGGACAAAUGACAUCGGAAUAUUUGAAAAAACAUUUGACCAAUUACAGUUUUAAAAUUUAUUCAAGAUUACAGCAUAGCUCAAAUGAUGAGGAACUCCGAGACAUGAAAAAAUUCAUAGAAGAUAAUCUAAAAUAGACGAUUUUGAUUUUAUUAAUUAUGUUCUCAAAAUUAUUAAAAAAAAUAUCAUAUAGAAUUGAUUAACAAAUAAUAAGAGAAAUUGUAACCAUUCUAAAAUGAUUAAAUUUUGUUUUGACCAAUGUA